CUGCCGGAUGAAAAUACACAUGCAGUCACUUACUUGGAUUUGGUUAGGACUGCCAAUAUCAGAAACAUCACCAUAUUUGCGGUCCUUGUGUGGAUGAUUUCCUCUGUGGGUUACUUUGGGUUAUCCUUCGAUACGCCCAAUAUGCACGGAGACCCCUAUAUCAACUGCUUUAUCUCUGCGGCGACUGAAAUAGCAUCCUAUGUGAUAGCGUGGAUAUUGCUGCGUGUAUCACCCCGUCGGAUCUCCCUUGCUUGCAUUGUGGUGUGUAGUGGAGUUAUGCUGCUGUUGAUCCAGGUUGUACCUUCACGUCACUAUGGGGUUACCAUGGUAAUGGCAAUGGUUGGUAAAUUCGGAUAUGCAGCAGCAUUCUCUAUGAUCUAUGUUUUCUCAACUGAACUGUACCCAACUGUAGUGAGGAAUAUGGGUGUUGCAGCUUGUUCCAUGGCAGCCAUGAUUUCCACCGUAAUAUCCCCGUAUUUUGCUUAUCUGGGGAUGCAUGAUAAAAUAUUGCCAUUCAUCUUAAUGGGAAGCCUAUCGAUAACGGCUGGAAUUUUCUGCUUGGUGCUGCCUGAAACAUAUGGCCAACCUCUUCCACAGACUAUUGAUCAAGUGCAACCAAUUCUCUGUUGUACAGCAUCAAGAGAAGAUGAUGCCACAGAGGCAGAAAAGGAUAAAAAUGCUGAAAACGAACAAACCUUGAACUGUCAAAUGGAAUCUGUCUGACUUUUGAUUUUGUAAAUUGCUGGCCCUUCAGAAUUAUUGCUUGGGAGAAACGUCAAUAAAAUGGAAGGAUUUUAAUCACUGA